AGUUUUUAAUGUUCAGUUUCUUCUAUGGAUCGAUGUUUGCGGCUGUGUGAUACACGCCGAUUCACACGCACGCCUUUAAUUUCUUCUUUUCCGACCAGGUUUCGUAGCGGUUGACAGCGUGGGUUUGGAAGCAAAAGAAGAAGAGACGGGACAGAAAACGGCAAAACAAUCCGCCAUAGAUCUGUCUGUCUAGGAAGGAGAGCUGUAUGAAAUAAAAACAGACACCUGAUUUUUCCCGGACAGCGUUUCUGAUAUACUGGAUCGUACGGAGGCGAAGCGCAUUAGAGAGUCUCUAUUGCGCGUAUAUGGACUAUUAUCAGAGCGCUUAUACUGUAUUUCAAGUGGGCUCAAAUAUACUGUACGCGAACUAAAGAGAGUUGAACAUGCCGAGGAGGAAACAGCAGGCUCCCAAACGGGCUUCGGCAUAUGAGCCGGAUGAUGAUGUCAGUGCCCAGGAUUCGAUCACCGGAGAGGAGGGCGACAAUGACAUGCAGUCAGAGGAGGAGAAUUCUGAGAAGCCCACAUCCAAGGACAAAGACGACAAAGAGACCGACAAUAAAAGCAGCUACAGCUUCCAGAACUCUCCAGUCAGUGUCCUGUCCAACCAGGAGGUCGAGCUGGAAUCCCGUCUGAGUGAUGGCAGUGAAAGACUGUCUGAUUUUAAAACCUCACCACCAGGAAAUCAGAAGGACACAGAGAGCAACAGCUUGAAACUGAAGGAUGACAUGCACAGUAGCCUGGAGAAAAUGAGGGCUGCCUAUGCCAACUUCCUGUCAGACUCCUAUUGGUCCAAAAUUGGACUGGAUUUGAAGGUUGGGAACACCGGUAGCAAAACAAACUGUGACAGCACCAACGGGAGCACCAAGAAUGAGUUUGACUGGCACCAGGACGCACUUUCCAAAACCCUGCACCAAACGUUGUCCCCGAAACCCAUGUCAAAGCCUAAUCUAUUCAGCUCCGUCCAUCUGUACCGACAAAACAGCAAACCGUGCGGCACGGUCUUUACCGGGGCCAGUCGUUUCCGCUGCAAAGACUGCAGCGCGGCCUACGAUACUCUGGUGGAGUUGACGGUGCACAUGAACAAGAGUGGCCACUACCAAGAUGACAACCACAAAAAGCCUAGCAUUGCCUCCACUUCGUCGUCCAAGAACAGGAAGAGGAACCUUCAAGACAUGGAGGGUAAGGAGGACGCACAGAAAGUGCUUAAAUGUAUGUUCUGUGGUCACUCUUUUGAUUCCCUGCAAGAUCUGAGCGUACACAUGAUCAAAACGAAGCAUUACCAGAAAGUGCCUUUGAAAGAACCCAUUCCAGUUAUCACGCCCAAAUUAGUCCCACCAGCCAAGAGACGUGGAUUCGAAGCCACUAGGCCUUGUUCCCCCGACUCCACCACAGGGGUCCCAGGUUACAGCGAGGCCCUACGAUCCUCUGGUCCCGCCAAUGCUCCCAACAACCGCUACGGCUAUCAGAACGGUGCUAGUUACACGUGGCAGUUUGAAACUUGCAAGUCUCAGAUCCUGAAGUGCAUGGAAUGCGGAAGCUCGCACGAUACGCUACAACAGCUCACCACUCACAUGAUGGUCACCGGCCAUUUCAUUAAAGUCACAAAUUCGGCUUCCAAGAAGGGCAAACAGCUAGCCCUAGAUCCUCUGGCAGUAGAGAAAAUGCAGACGUUAGCUGAACCAACACUGAAUGAUCUCGAAGGAGAAAAGGUGUCCCCAAAGAGCACCGCAUCUGGAGACUCCGAGAGAGGCACUCCAAGAGAAACGUCACCGGUGAAAACUGAAAAACAUGGAGACAAGGAUGAUAAGCAAGAUGAGGAGGAUCGGAAGUCAACUGAAGGCGGUUUUAAGUAUCCGUAUUUGAGAGAAGAGGACCUCGAGCAGGGUUCCAGUGGAGGGGGGGACAUCCUCAAGUCUUUAGCAAAUACGGUAGCUUCUGCGAUUAAUAAAGCUCAAACAGGGACCCCCAGCUGGAGCGCUUACCCCAGUAUUCAUGCAGCAUACCAGCUCUCCGGGGUGAUCAAGUCCACCUCCUUCACCACUUCUACUCCCAUCCAACUGAAGCAAAGUCUCAACCACAAACACAGAGCGAUCGCUCCGAAGGGGAAGUUCUAUCAGGGACUUCAUGCACUUGAAAGUUUCCAGAGACAUCACAAUUCGGACAUCAAAAAAGAGAGGAGCGGUGCAUCCGAAGGCAAAGAGAGCGAGAGCACUGGGUUUGAUCUGGCGGAGAAUGACGACAGUGAUUGUCAGGACGACUCCUCUUCCUCUUCAAAGCUGGAUGCAGACUGUGUAAGUGAAGAGAAUGACACAAUCAAAGGAAAAUUGAGCCCAGCUUUCUCUGACAGAGGCAACCAGUCGCCUAGCCCCCCUGCCAGCAAUGGGCACAGCAGUUCCUCUGAGCUUGUCAGCGACUCCCAGGAAGUCCUUAGCAUAAACCCUCUCAGCGCACUACAGUCUGUCUUAAACAAUCAUUUGGGUAAAGCAAACAAGCCCAGGCCGGAAAGCAUUAUUUCCCAUCGCACACAAUCUAUAUUUUCUAAACUGAGUAGAGGUUUAGACAAACCGAGAUCUGCACUCUCAACAGCAGCUACCAUCAGGGCCAGCAAUAGUUUCAUGUUCAGGAAUGAGGACCAGCCGAUAGACCUGACAAAAUACAAACAUAGUAAAACCAACCCAUCGCUCUCAUUGCAGUCCUCCACUCCCGUGUCCCAGAAACACGCGCUCUCUGACAUUGCAGAUAUGGUGAAGGUUCUCCCAAAGGCCACCACACCAAAGCCCUCGACACCGUCGAGGAUGCCCAUCAUGAAGUUAGAGACUGACGUGCGACGUUUCGAAGACGUGUCCAGCGAGAUGUACUCCAUCCACAAGCGCAAAGGUCGACAGUCCAACUGGAAUCCUCAGCAUCUGCUCAUCCUUCAAGCUCAGUUUGCAUCCAGCCUUUUUCUGACAUCUGAGGGAAAGUAUCUCCUCUCAGACCUGGGUCCUCAGGAGAGGAUGCACAUCUCAAAGUUCACAGGGCUUUCCAUGACCACCAUUAGCCACUGGCUAGCCAACGUAAAGUACCAACUUAGAAAAACAGGGGGGACCAAAUUUUUAAAGAACAUGGACACCGGUUAUCCGGUCUUCUACUGCAAUGACUGUGCUUCACAAUUCAGAACGCCCUCCGCGUUUAUAUCCCACCUUGAGAACCACCUCGGGUUUCUGAUCAAGGACAUGAACAAACUGCCCAUAGAGCACCCGAGUAAAGUUACAGAAACUGAACUUUCAAAGGCUCUCAAUGUCCGGCCGACUGAUUUGCAGACCACGGAGGAGGAAACUGACACCAAGUUCAAAUGCAAGCUUUGCAGUCGGACAUUUGCAAGCAAUCACGCAGUCAAACUUCACUUGAGUAAAACUCACAGUAAAUCCCCCGAGAAUCAUUCUCAGUUUGUUGAAAUGGACAAAGAGUAGAUUUGACCAUUUUUUAAACACUUGUAGUUCAUAUGUUGUUGAUAAACGACUGUAAUUGCUCUGCUUUUAUAAAACACGGGUCAAACUGUCUAAUUUGUUUUGGUUUACCUUUUUCCCCACAUUGUUUCAAGAAGCAUUAUGUAGAAUGCUAAAAAAAUCAACAUUUCAUCAUACUGAGGACGAAACGGAUGCACUGGCUGGGAUAGAAUGAAGCGUGCUGUUAGAAAAUAAAUAAUCAUGAAAAGAUAAAUACAUUGACGUAAGUCUUUGCACCCUGUUCAAAUGCACCACCGGUAAUGAAAUGUAUUACUGCUUGAGACAUAAAUGCUGAUGUUUGCAUGCAAUAGCUCUGGCUAUGACUACUAUUUAUUUGUAUGAUAUGGCAAGUUUUAACUGUAUUACGUUUAACGACAAAUCGAUCGACUGUAAUUUGCAAGCCGAAAGUGCGCCCGUGUAAACAUGCACCGGUGCUCGGACAGGUAGCCAGACACACAUUUACUGAAAUGUACAGUAUAUUUGCUCUGUAAAAUGUUUGUGUGGCAACGAUAGAACAGAAAAGCACUUUAAUAAAAGUUUAAUCACGUGUUUAGGCGCAGAUUCAGUGUGUGGGCUUACAGAUUUGGACAGGUUUGACAACAGGAUGUCUCACAUCAAUGUAUACUUAGCAUUGCAGAAAAUGAGCGUCUCAUUGGGAAAGCUUUGUGAGACAAAGAAACACUGCACCUUUUAUACCAAUACAAAUAAAGCAUUAACAUUUUC